CCGGCACCCUCCCGGCGCCGCUAAGUUUCUGCCUCGGGACCGCGCGCAGAGCCGCGGCCCGGCCGCAGCGGCGUCCCCCGCCGCGACCCUAUCCCGGCGCGCAGACCACGGGUCCAGCCCCAGCCCCACCGAGCCAUGCUGUGCGGCUGGAGGAGCAGCCGCCGCCGGCCGGAGGAGCCCCUGGUGUCGGCCCAGGUCGCGGCGUCCGUGGCACUCUCGUCUCCGCCCGCGCCCCCAGACGGCAGUACCAAGAGGCCGGGACUGCGGGCGUUGAAGAAGAUGGGAGGCGUCCGCGAGGCGCAGGGGCACAAGCUCAGGCGAGGGGCACGACCUGGGAUGCCCGAGGGCCGGGAGAGUGGAGUGGGAGAGGCAGCCUCCCGUACCCUGCACCUUUCAGCUGAAAGGGCCAUGGUGGAAAGGGACAGAGAACUUCGUUCCAUUUGGGGACAAAUCAAGGAAGUCUUCGUGGAGGCGGUGGUAUCUGAGCUGGACCUUGAAGGCCUUGGAUGCCUGACGGAGGACGAGGACGUGCGCGCCAUGAUGCGGGGCUCCCGGUUCUGCAAGAUCCGCUCGCGGACGUGGCAGAAGGAGCGGCUGUACCGGCUGCAGGAGGACGGCAUGAGCGUGUGGUUCCAGCGGCGCAUCCCGCACCCGCCGUCGCAGCACAUCUUCUCCGUGCAGCACAUCGAGGCCGUCCGCGAGGGCCACCAGUCCGAGGGCCUGCGGCGCUUCGGCGGCGCCUUCGCGCCCGCGUGUUGCUUCACCAUCACCUUCAAGGGCCGCCGCAAGAACCUGGACCUGGCGGCACCCACGGCCGAGGAGGCGCAGCGCUGGGUGCGCGGUCUGGCCAAGCUGCGCGCGCGCAUCGACGCCAUGAGCCAGCGCGAGCGGCUCGACCACUGGAUCCACUCCUACCUGCACCGGGCAGACUCCGACCAGGACAGUAAGAUGAGCUUCAAGGAGAUCAAGAGCCUGCUCCGAAUGGUGAACGUGGACAUGAACGACAUGUACGCCUACCGCCUCUUCAAGGAGUGUGACCACUCCAACAACGAGCGGCUGGAGGAGGCUGAGGUCGAGGAGUUUCUACGGCGGCUGCUGAAACGCCCAGAGUUGGAGGAGAUCUUCCAUCGGUAUUCGGGCGAGGACCGCGUGCUGAGCGCCUCUGAGCUGCUGGAGUUCCUGGAAGACCAGGCUGAGGAUGGCGCCACCCUGGCCCACGCCCGGCAGCUCAUCCAGACCUACGAGCUCAAUGAGACAGCUAAGCAGCAUGAGCUGAUGACACUGGAUGGCUUCAUGAUGUACCUGCUGUCCCCCGAGGGGGCUGCCCUGGACCCAGCCCACACAUGUGUGUUCCAGGACAUGGGCCAGCCCCUCGCCCACUACUUCAUCUCCUCCUCCCACAAUACCUAUCUGACCGACUCACAGAUUGGGGGGCCCAGCAGCACCGAGGCCUAUGUUAGGGCCUUUGCCCAGGGGUGCCGCUGUGUGGAGCUGGACUGCUGGGAGGGCCCGGGAGGGGAGCCCGUCAUCUACCACGGCCACACGUUCACCUCCAAGAUCCUCUUCCGAGAUGUGGUCCAAGCUGUGCGUGACCACGCCUUCACGUUGUCCCCAUACCCCGUCAUCCUGUCCCUGGAGAACCACUGCGGGCUGGAGCAGCAGGCUGCCAUGGCCCACCACCUCCGCACCAUCCUGGGGGACAUGCUGGUGACACAAGCGCUGGACUCCCAGACCCCAGAGGAGCUGCCAUCCCCGGAGCAGCUGAAGGGCCGGGUCCUGGUGAAGGGGAAGAAGGACCAGGAGGAGGAGGAGGGAGAGGAGGAGGAGGAAGAGGAGGCAGAGGCUGCGGAGCGGCGGCGGGCCAAGCAGGUCUCCCCGGAGCUGUCGGCCCUGGCCGUCUACUGCUGCGCCACCCGCCUGCGGGGCCUGCGCCCCACCCGGGCCCAGCCCUGCCAGGUCAGCUCCCUCAGCGAGCGCAAGGCCAAGAAGCUCAUCCGGGAGGCAGGAAACAGCUUCGUCAAACACAAUGCUCGUCAGCUGACUCGCAUCUACCCGCUGGGGCUGCGGAUGAACUCGGCCAACUACAGCCCCCAGGAGAUGUGGAACUCAGGCUGUCAGCUGGUGGCCCUGAACUUCCAGACACCAGGCUACGAGAUGGACCUCAACGCUGGGCGUUUCCUUGUCAAUGGGCAGUGCGGAUACAUCUUGAAACCUGCCUGCCUGCGGCAACCUGACACAACCUUUGACCCUGAGUGCCCUGGACCCCCCAGAACCGCUCUCACCAUCCAGGUGCUGACUGCACAGCAGCUGCCCAAGCUGAAUGCGGAAAAGCAGAGUUCCAUCGUGGACCCCCUGGUGCGUGUUGAGAUCCAUGGGGUGCCUGCAGACUGUGCACGGAAGGAGACUGACUAUGUGCUCAACAAUGGCUUCAAUCCCCGCUGGGGACAGACCCUGCGGUUCCAGCUGCGGGCUCCGGAGCUGGUGCUGGUCCGGUUCGUGGUAGAGGAUUAUGACACCACCUCCCCCAAUGACUUCGUGGGCCAGUUUACGCUGCCCCUGAACAGCCUGAGACAAGGGUACCGCCACAUCCAUCUGCUCUCCAAGGAUGGGGCCUCCCUCUCACCAGCUACGCUCUUCGUCCACAUCCGCAUUGAGUGCUCCUGAGGUCCGGGACGGACCCACCUGGGCUCUGUGGGUGCCAGGGCAGAGGGAGCACCAGCCCCCCGGCCUGCCGGCUUUGCCCGCUCACUGGGCUCUGGUCUCACCUGGACGCGUAGGCUGCUUGGCCCAUCCUGCACAGGCGGGUAUCUCCCAGCAGUUGCUGAUGUCCUCAGCCCAGCCAGGCAGCCAGGCCCGUUGCUGCCAGACUUGGGGACCAGGGCAGGUGUGAAUCCUCAGCCCCUCUCUGCCCUCUGGAUGGGCACCCAUCCCUCAAGCCUACAAGUAGGCUUUUAACUUGGGUUGUAGAAAAGUCCCAGAAGGCAGUAGAAAAAGAUAAAAAAAAUAAAGAAGUGGGUUUAUUUACGCA